AUGGCUUCAACAUAUUAUGACGAUGCCGAACGUUUUACCUUUCGUAAAUCCACUAGACAACCAGAAGAGUAUUCUAACCCAGCGUACGAACCCGAGCCCGAUCCAUCUGCAAAACAAUUAUCAGCCGUGACACCAUCUUCAUUCAACCGAUCAAUUGAUGGGAUGAUGCCGCGCAAAGAGGCAUCCACGAUGCGUCGCAUUGUUGUCGUACGGAAUACGCCAAAUCCACAGGUCGAGUACGGAAAAUCGAUUGACACGAGUGUAUGUAACCAAGAAAAACCAUUAGAAUUUCGACCGAGAAUUACUGAUGGGCGAACAUCUGUCUAUGUCAUUCGACGACAGAUUCCACCGAAAGAUGAGAAAAAUCCAACAAUUUAUUAUUCAUCGGUACAAGACUCACUGGUGAAAGAUUCAUCUGCACCUCUCGAAUACAUACAAACAUCUUCUCCAGAUCCAAACUCUCCUGCAUCCAACAUGUCAUCUCCUCCGUAUCCAUACGCUCCUGCAUCGCGUACUUCCACUCCUCCUGAUUCACCGACUAAAGAGCUUUCACAGAAAACUCACUCUCCACAAGCUGGGCGGAUACAAACCAAAACGGCGAACAUGCAAAACCGACGACAAGCACGGAGUAAACGACCAACCAAUGGAGAACCAGCUGUUGAAAGUGUCGAUCAAAGUAUAUCGGUCGGUUCACGAGUUAAAUCCGUCAAAUCAACCGUGCUUGUCAAUUCCGAACUCAAUACUGUAGCUAUCAUUAAUGAUCCAUUUCGGAGAAGUGUAACGAAUAAUGAAUCAACCAAACAUUUGAAGACCGGCAAGAAGACCGAAUUUAAAGAAGAACAACAGCGAGUACGACACAAUCGAUCUUUUACUCAAUCGCAUGGUCAGUCCAUACAGAAAAAAUAUCGACCACUACAACCGGGUUCACGAUCAAGAUUAAUUGAACGAAAAAUGAGUGAAAAUGAUUUGGCAGCAACAAGAAAAACAUGUCGAAAACAUUGUGGUGAAGGUGGAUGUAUACCACUCAAUAUCGACUUUGGAAUUGCUGUGAAAGGUAUUGUGGAUGAAGAUCAUGUGACAUUACCUGUACGUCUAUCAGUUUCGGCUUGGGAUGAACCAAAUCCACAUCCUGCUUACAAUCAAAGUCCUACUGAGAUGGAUGGCAUUGUGACCGUACGUGAUUUAAUUGUUGGCAAAUCCUAUGUUCUUCUCCGAUACUCAUCUUAUGAAUAUGUACCAACGAAAGGCACCAUCAGUGAUUUUCUAUUGUCAAAUUUUGAUGAGAAACAUGCAUUUGUAGCAAAUGAUACGAUCUACAUUUAUGAAGAUCCAAAGAAAAUUCCAUCAACAGGAUCAGUGUAUUAUCGAUGUGUUCUACAACCCGAAGAAUGA